ACGUAACCUCUCCUUAGCUUUGACAACAAGCAGAAGGGGCAAACGAGCGGUUGAAACAUCGACCAGCCUAGUUGCCUACAUUGUCAGUAGGGCACUGUAGCCAUAUUCUUCACGGCAGAACAUACUCAAUAUUUGACGACCCUUUAGGAACAAACUACGUUUUCCGAAAAUCGCUCAACUCUCUAAGGCUUCUCUGUUUGUGGAGUUGCUAUUUCCUGAGCGGAAGGGGGUGUCGUUUUAUAAGAAGAGGGGAUUUACUGUGACGAGUCCACGAUGAAUCCCGAAUAUGACUAUUUAUUCAAGCUGCUCCUGAUUGGUGACUCUGGUGUCGGAAAGUCAUGUCUUCUACUCCGAUUUGCAGAUGACACAUACACAGAAAGCUACAUAAGCACAAUUGGAGUAGACUUCAAAAUACGAACUAUAGAAUUAGACGGAAAGACCAUUAAACUUCAAAUCUGGGACACGGCGGGGCAGGAGAGGUUUCGCACAAUCACAUCCAGCUACUACAGAGGAGCCCACGGCAUUAUCGUAGUCUACGACGUCACAGACCAGGAGUCCUUCAACAAUGUCAAGCAGUGGCUACAGGAAAUCGACCGCUAUGCCAGUGAAAAUGUCAACAAGCUAUUGGUGGGGAACAAGUGUGACCUGACCACAAAGAAAGUGGUGGAUUACACAACAGCAAAGGAGUUUGCAGACUCCCUGGGCAUCCCCUUCUUGGAAACGAGUGCCAAGAGCGCCACCAAUGUGGAGCAGGCCUUCAUGACCAUGGCUGCUGAGAUCAAGAAGAGGAUGGGGCCCGGGGCCACGACCGGAGGCAACGAGAAGUCCAAUGUCAAGAUCCAGAGUACGCCUGUCAAACCUGCCUCGGGGGGCUGCUGCUGAGAGAGAACCCCACCAACACCUCUACCCCAAUCUCAAGCACCCCCCUCUAGCCUGUCAGCCCCCUCCACCUGGCCCCAUUUUCCACCAUGCCCCACCUUCCUAGCCUAACCGUAACCGAGAGAGGGAAAGUCUGAUAGAAAGAAGUUGUGUGUGCGAGAGGGAAAACAAAAUGAAGUUGCCUGAAUUUGUACUGUAGCCGCACUACCAAGAAAAUAAAUCAUUAUCCCCCCUCCCUUAUUGCCCUGGUAAUUGAUGAUUAGUAGUACUUUCUAGGCAAUCUGUUAGCAGUCAGAUGGACAUGUCCCUCACUGGCCCCCUCCUGGAGAGGCUUUACCCCCACCCUUCCCCGGACCACCUCAGAGACAACUGAUUUUGUUUGCCCCCUCACCCCCGCAGUUAACACCCCCUCUGUGUGCAGGGUUAUGAGAAUAAUGUGUGUGUAUCUCACUGCAUUUCUACGUCGGGAUUGGUCUGUGGUCAAAUUCAAUUAUGUUUUCUAUUCUUCUGUCCCCGUCUUUUUUCUUUGCUUUCCUUUCCUGUUGGUUAUUUUACGGUUUGUGUCGGCAUGUCUCUCUAAGGUGUUUAUUCGCGAAUAUGAGUGUCAGCCAACUGCACAAGUCUCUCACUGUCUCGUGAAAAAGUACUGAAAAAUAUACCAGUACCAGUCAAGCGUUUGGACACCUACUCAUUCAAGGGUUUUCAUUUGGACUAUUUUCUACAUUGUAGAAUAAUAGUGGACAUCAAAACUAUGAAAUAACACAUGGAAUAAUGUAGUAACCAAAAAAGUGUUAAACAAAUCGAAAUAUAUUUUAUAUUCUUCAAAGUAGCCACCCUUUGCCUUGGUGACAGCUUUGCACAAUGUUGGUAUUCUCUCAACCAGAUUCAUGAGGUAGUCACCUGGAAUGCAUUUCAAUUAACAGAUGUGCAUUAAUUUGUGGAAUUUCUUUCCUUAAUGCGUUUGUAGGGGUGGUAUACAGUUGAUAGCCCUAUUUGGUAAAAUACUAAGUCCAUAUGGCAAGAACAGCUCAAAUAAACAAAGACUAAUGACAGUCCAUCAUUACUUUAAGACAUGGUCAGUCGAUCUGUAAAAAUUCAAGGGAAUUUGAAAGAUUCUUCAAGCGCAUUCACAAAAACCAUCAAGCGCUAUGAUGAAACUGGCUCUCACGGGGACUGGCCCAGAGUUACCUCUGCUGCAGAGGAUAAGUUAAUUAGCAUUAACUGCACCUCAGAUUGCAGCCCAAAUACAUGCUUCACAGAGUUCAAGUAACAGACACAUCUCAACAUCAACUGAGAGAGACUGCGUGAGUCAGGCCUUCAUGAUUGAAUUGCUGCAAAGAAACCACUACUUAAGGACACCAAUAAGAAGACUUGCUUGGGCCAAGAAACACGAGCAAUGGACCUUAGACCGGUGGAAAUCUGUCCUUUGGUCUGAUGAAUUCAAAUUUAAGAUUUUUGGUUCCAACCGCUGUGUCUUUGUGAGAUGCACAGUAGGUGAACCGAUGAUCUCCGCAUGUGUAGUUCCCACCAUGAAGCAUGAAGGUGUGAUAGUGACACUGAUUUAUUUAAAAUUCAAGGCACACUUAACCAGCAUGGCUACCGCAGCGAUACGCCAACCCAUCUGGGUUGUGCUUAGUGGGACUAUCAUUUGUUUUUCAACAGGACAAUGACCCAAAACACACCUCCAGGCAGACCAAGGAGAGUGAUGGCGUGCUGCAUCAGAUGACCCAGCCUCCACAAUCACCCGACCUCAACCCAAUUGAGAUGGUUUGGGAUGAGUUGGACUGCAGAGGGAAGGAAAAGCAGCCAUCAAGUGCUCAGCAUAUGUGGGAACACCUUCAAGACUGUUUGGAAAAUCAUUCCUCAUUAAGCUGGUUGAGAGAAUGCCAAGAUGUCAGGCAAAGGGUGGCUACUUUGAAGAGUCUAAAUCAUGGUUACUACAUGAUUUAAUGUGUUAAUUCUACAAUAUAGACAAUAGUAAAAAUAAAAACCAUUGAAUGAGGUGUCCAAACUUUUGACUGGUACUGUAUAUAUGCUUAUGUAUAUAUGUAUGAUCUGAUUUGCUAGUUCUGUAGACUUCAUUACAUUAUCUGAGUAGUCUUGACUUAAUUUCUGAAUUAAAUUUGUGGCUGUAGGCAAUUGUAAUUUUGUUGCUCAACAUGUCAGAUUUAAACAAUAAAUAUUGUAGUUCCAGAAUGUAUGAUACAGAAAGAUCUAUCUGCAAUUCUUGGUGGAAUAUGUAGAAACAUUUUGUUUUAAUUAUUUAUUCUACAUUUAUGGCAAAUAAAUUGCACCAGUAAUUUAGGAUUGGUUUGCAAAUGGGCCAUUACCUGUGGAAUAUCUUCAUUCAGAAUUGCAUAUAUAAAACUUUUUUUCUUUUUCAUAAUUAUGGCAACUAAAUACAGUUUUAAAAUAAAUCUGUUCCCAUUUCUCUA